AUGAACGACUUUGCGCUUCGGUGCUCGUACCGCAGUUUUCCAGGUCAAAAGGAAGAAGCGAAGAACGCGAAUAAUCGCUUUUUGCAGCAGCACACCCUUCGAUACCGGUCUCCGUAUCUGUACGGACUCAGUCUUUCGCUGUAUUCCGAUCCCGCACCCCUGGUCUACGAAGCUGCGCAGCCGCCGCCGCCCGCCGACAGCACCAUCUGA